AUGGCCGUGCCAAUGACCCUUAAUAGACCUGUGGUUGCCACGGUGACAUUCAGACUGUUAGGGGGACUUGGGCUCAGAAGACGCAGAGACAGGCAGAAAGAGCUCUGGAAUAGGUCCGAAACAUCUGCUCAUUAUGGAAAAACCGGCUCACAUUCCACAUUUGUCAUUGAUAACGUUAACAGUAACACAGUAACGACAGCUCAUCCCGUCCUCAUCGUCAGCACCGCCGCCAACCUCAGUAACAGCAGCAGUCCUGCGGCGGUCCAGGUGGCUCAGGUGAUCAACUGGCUGACCUUAGGCAUCGGGCUGCCCGCCAUCGCACUGGCUAUUUAUACCCUGAAGAAUCUGGCCAAAGGUGGGGAUAAAGUUCCCAUGCAUGUGGUGUUCCUCCUGGUCUCAGACAUCAUCAGUUUCUUCGCUCGUCCUCGUGUGGACCAGGACAUGCAGACCGACACCGUCCUCGCCUCCAACACCACUGACUUCAUCUUCUACUUCGGUGUUGUGUCAAAUAUCAUCCUCAUGCUGUUCAUAGCCCAGGAGCGCCAUCUCCUGGUGGUUUACCCACAAUGCCUUGGCUGCUGCAGGAGAGUGCGGCGGUGUCCUGUGGUGGCCUUCCUCUCCUGGACGGCUCCAUUUGCUGUCUUGGCUCUGGCCGUGCUGCGAUACAGUCUGUGGUUCGCUGUGUCUCUGCUCGCCCCUUUCCCCAUCCUCCUCUUCUUUGCCGUGGACUCCUGCAGGGCCCUGAUCUGCUCCAGGUCCGGCCCUCCCACUCCAGACAGGAAGAGGACCGUGUGGGGGAUCGGUGCCAUAUGGGCCAACUACACCUUCCUCUACGUCCCCUUCAUCCUCAGCAUCCUCCUGGAGGCUCUGUCCUUCAGAGAGGCGGUGCAGUACCUGGGGCUUGUUUCUCACCUGCUGCUGUACCUCAGCCCACUGGUGGACCCUUUCCUUUACAUAUUUAUGACCAGAGGGCCCAGAGAGGUACUGCAAGCACUGCCCUGCUGCCGAAGGACGAGCCAGAGGGACAGCAGGAGGCCCACUGUGGACACUGUGGCUGAGACUGUGGAAACAAGACUCUGAUGAGGACAUUUUUAUCAAACCUAUUGUUUAUGAGAUGAUGUAAAAGACACUCAGGAAAUCCUCUGAAUCAAUCACACAAGAGUCAUUUAC